GUAGCAUGAACGAUGGUUUCAAAGACAUCAUGCAAGAUCUUGCAGCCAUAAAUGAGUACUCAGUGACCGGAGUGUCAAGUAGCAUACUCUCAGCCAGGGUUUCGUAUGUCUUUGGUCUUCGAGGUCCCUCUAUGACCAUAGACACUGCCUGUUCCUCGUCACUAGUUGCCAUAAAUGCGGCUUCAAAUGCUUUACAAAACGGAGACUGCGACAUGGUGGUGUGCGGGGGAGUUAGCUGCUUUUUGAAUCCGUAUGCCAAUAUUGCUCUAAGCAAGUCAGGAAUGGUGUCCCCGACAGGCCAAUGUAAGGCGUUCACAGCCGAAGCUGACGGAUAUGCCCGCGGAGAGGGGUGUGGAAUUGUAGUGUUAAAACGACUCACUGUUGAAGAUACAAUCGUGGAUGUCUGCAUGGAAACCCAAGCAAUUUACAGCAUUUCAGUACCACCAUCUGGAGAUGUGUUUGCCUCCAAAAACAGACUGUUUCGUUCUGAUUCUUGCUAUGUGGUAAUUGGCGGUCUGACAGGCCUAGGUCAGCUUAUCACUAAGUGUUUAGCCAAACAUAAAGUUGGUGUCAUUGCUACAAUAUCUCGUUCUGCUCCAACUCCAGAUCAGUUACGUGAGAGACGAGAUCUUGAAAUCAAACACCAAGUUCUGGUUAUUCACGAGCAAGCUGAUGUUUCCAAUUACACUUCAGUUUCCAGUGCUUUUGAAAGACUUGCACAACGCAAAAUCCCAAUUAAAGGCAUUUUUCAUGGCGCUGCUGUUUUGGCCGAUGGUGCCUUUGUAAAUCAAAAUCAAGACACAUUUGAAAGAGCGACAGGUCCCAAAAUAAAGGGUUCCUGGAACUUGCACAAGUUGUCCAUCAACCUUCCUCUCGACUACUUUGUGAUGCAUUCCUCAGUCGCAUCACUGCUGGGAAACCCUGGCCAGACAAACUACGGAGCCGGCAAUGCAUUCAUGGAUAGCCUUGCUCACUACAGAAGACAGCAGCAUCUGCCUGCACAGUCCAUCAACUGGGGUGCACUAAAUUUGGGCCUACUAAAUCAGAAUCCAAAUACGGGGCAAAGACUGAGAAAUGAAGGUAUAAAUGCAUUAAAUGAAGAUGACAUAUUGGAAUGUUUCCUCCAUGCACUUUUACGCAAUGAUGUACAGGCCAUGUACGCAGACAUUCCCUUCAAGACCAACAGCAAAAGUUUCCACUCAAAUGAUGACGCCGAUUCAGCAGAGGUCACUCUGAAUAUAGAACAGAUCAGAAAUAUGUCAAGUGAAGACAGAAAACAGUACAUCAAACACUGGGUGAUGCGAACGACGGGGAGAAUUCUGAUGGGCCCCGGUAAGAUUGAUGAAAACCAAUCUUUGAAUGACCUGGGCUUUGACUCUCUUAAUAUGAUGUCAUUUAUCCGCAAAGUAAGGGACCAAUUCCAAGUUUCCCUUAUACCCGCAGUGCUCAUGAGCAGUGAUCAAAAACCAACUACAUUUGCUGACCUCAUAGAACAGUUGAUUGGGGAUGGAGUUCAGCAACAUAGUCCACAUUCUCCUAACAGGUAUAUUCAAAAACCUGCCUUCACACACCGAUGGAAAUACAACAGCCAGGGAACAAAAGAAGAUCUCGCAAACCACUUAAUUGUGAAAAUCAGGUUGCCAGAACAGGGAUACGCUGCUGACAUUGUGCUUUGGCAAAAUAUUACAAAGUUAGUGUCAGAAAAUAACCCAGUCCUCAGGAUGAGAUACAGAAGAAAUGCUGUAGUAGGAACAGACAAGAUAGAGUUUCUUUUAGAUGAUACUCCGGAGGUGCAGCUCAUAGACGGAACGGAAGAUUCCAUGGAACGAAGUAUAGAGGAGAUUAUGAGACGUCCUUUCAACAGUUCCAACGAAUCGCCUUGGCGUGUUGCCUUCGUAAACACUACACCGCCAAUGGUGUUAUUUGUGUUCCAUCACAUAGCGGUGGAUGUUGAUUCUAUGAGGAUAAUGCUGCAGGAUAAUAUCAUUCCUUAUCUGCGUAGCGUCCAUGCAGGCAAUCCUUUGACAACACAGUCAGCGCAAUACCCAGCUUAG